GAACAGGAAGGGUCUGAGCUGAGGUUUUUUUUUUUUACUGAGAAGGAAUAGAGAGGAGACUGCACUGAUAUGGGUGAGUCUCAGUCGAGGUCCAUGAUGCUUCACCAUCAGGACCAACCUCUGAACUCAGCCUACGGAGGCUCCGACAACGGCUCUUCCUCCUCGCUGCGAAACAGGAAGUGUGACAAAGACGGCAACUUCAACUUCCUGCCUGGCAAAGAUGAUGAAAACUUCUCCAUGACGGGAAACAGCGGAGGGGGAGACGAAAACCGAAACCAGGUGCGUCCUCGUAACUUGGGCCCGUUGGGUCGCGACCCUCCGAACUCUUCCUCCUCGUCCCCCGGGUAUCACAACACGGCGGUCGUGUCGCCCCGCUCCCGCCUGCCCUGCUGGAGAACCCUCGAGCCUCUGCCGGAAAUCGAGAGCGGGGAUGACGGGUACGGCCGAGUGCCCCCCGACGGAGCGGAGGAAAGGAGGAUGGAGGAAGAGGAGGUGAGGAUGAUGAUGAUGAUGAGCCAGAAUGAGGAGAAGCAGAGAGAGAAAAGGGAGCUGCAGAAUAGGAAAGGCAGCUCGGGUUCCAGAGGAAGAGAGAAAGACGAGGAAGAGGUGGAGCUGGAGGAUAACGACGAAUGGGGAGACAGCGACUCUGAGUCUGAGUUCAGCUACCGGUCUGGCAGCAGCAUGCCCUCCCUCAACUUGGAGAGUGGAGGUGAAGGGAUGCUCAUGGGAGGCUGGGACCGCAUCGGUGUCGGGGAACCCAAAUCUAACCACCAGGAGAACGACGUGACCAGAAACAGCAACAGAGAUCCGGCUGAGAGAAAGCAAAGCUGUAGCCGCAAGUCGCUGACAGGAAGCAACCUGGGAAAUCUUCUGGAGGAAGGAGCGGAAGAGCAAGAUGAAGAUCAGUCGUCAGACUCAGACGGCGAGUUGCCAGAGCUGAUGGACACCGUCUGGACGCUGCGGGACCGCGAGCGCUUCAAAGCUCAGGAGAUGGAGAAACACCAGGUGCAGCUAACCAUGUACCGCCGGCUGGCGCUGAUCCGCUGGGUCCGCACCCUGCAGGGCCGCAUCCAGGAGCAGCAGAACCGCCUGCAGUCCAGCUUCGACGUCAUCCUCACACACAGGAAGGAACUGCUGCGUAUGGGCGCCGCCGUGGCCACCACCGCCGCGCCCGCCGCCGCUGUCGGACAGUCGUAGAGAGAGAGAGAGAGAGAGAGAGAGGGGAGGCACUGGAACAGGAAGUGGUUAACAGAGAGGGAACUCAAACUGCAUUUUUGCUCUGUUUGCUUCUAUCCUGAAGACAUUUUCCCCUGAACACAAGACAAUCUCCAGUCAUUCUGUCUGAUGUUUUUGAGUUUUCACACUCAUGUUGCUGAUUGUAAUGACAAAAAAACUUGUUUUUUUAUUGAUUUUCAUUAUGAUGUCCCACCCAGAUGAUCAAUAAAUGUAUCCAAGUCAUCUUAAAUCUUCCUCUAUAUCUACACCAAACCAAAAUUUAAAACUUAGGAUGUAUUCUGGUCAAAAUAAUGAGAUGCUUUGACACUAUAUGGUGGGAUUAAUAUGUUGUUUAUAUGAAAAAUGUUCAAUGUGUGUAUGCUGUGUUUGUUUGUCUUGACCUGUGAGUACCUGCCAUGCCAAAAAAAAAAAAGUAUUGGAAGAUAUCAUGUAGACUUUAACAGUGUUAUAGAUGAUUUAUACCUGGAAAUGAUGAAGCUGUAUAUAGAGAUA